CGGUUCUUUGGUACGCCAGAGCAGUUUUUUGAGUUUGCAACAAUACAAGAAAUAUUACUCACACUUGAGAUAUUAUGCUGACUACGCCAUGGGUGUAUUUGUUACGGAGUUUUUUAAGAAUCAAACCGAUCCUGGUAACGAGUGGUAUAAAUAUAACAAAGAUGGAGGAACUACGGGCAAAUACCCCCACUGGAAAAAGGCACACUUCUGCAUGUACCCUGAUAUGUACAGCAUAAUUCCCGAUGAUCCCACCGUGACAAAGCCAUUCAACGUGACCGGGAAUGGCAUAUUCGUCCCGCACGUGAAACACAAUUAUUUUCAUUGGCAAUCGGUCUUUAUGAUUGUUAGUUUUCAGAUCUUUAUGAUAUUGGCAGGUGUGACAAUAAACUUGUUGAUGCAUCCGGUCUGUGAGAUUGUACGGAACUCUUUGAAUAUAGAAACGAUGAUGAAGAACGCACGAAUCCAGCAGCAAAUGCUCGAAAAGAAAGAUGAGUAAACAAUGUUAAGAUUUUGGAGUUACAGUUUAUCGGACCCCUCAAAAGUACCGUCAGUGUGCGAGAGGUGUAAAAUAACCCCGUCAGUACCCUUAAAUAGGGGUACAAAGUUGCACCAGUAUAAACGUUAAGGGUACAAGCGAUGCAAAGUCUGACAUAACAAAUGUCUUAGUGAAAUUGGUAAUAUACAACAUUGAAAGGAUUUUUUUGGUGUAGGUGACUGAUACUAAACUUUGAAUUUUAUUUGGGCUACGAUAUCAACAGCCAUGGGAUCUCAGCAGAGCCACCGGAGAGGAAGCCUCCCAGUGGCUAAUGUUGCCAAUUUCUGCAUAAGUGCGGCCACGCGUAAUGAAUUCAAUGGGGUGACUUUAAUGAGUUGAUUUUGAUUAGCAUACGCGUGUGUUUCACUUUCUCCACGACUAUUUUGUUUGUACAUUUUUAUACGAGUCUCUUUUUUUUAACAAUUUAUUUUAGUUUUUUCUUUUAGUUUUUUAUAAUAAAAUCACGUCCUGAAACAAAUUUACCUCCGCUUCACCAUCGAGCUGAAUAAAGCCUGGUAGAAUUUAAAUUAGUAUCUAAUUAAAUUAAUUCUGAUGAAACGACAAAAUGACGAUGUAACAAACAGAUGAAAUUUCAAGAAUAUUCACAUGUUAUAUUAGGAUUUACAAAAAAUG